AUGACCAAAGGAAACUUCAAAACCUUCAAAGCUUACUCCCACAGUCCCUUUUUGGGCCGAAUCCUCUUACUGAAUUCCUCGACAUGUGCCACUCCAAGCCAACGUUUCAUGCCCAGCUCAAGCCCAGCCCACUUUCGAGCCUCCGGCACACAAGUGGCAUGCUCACCUGGCCAUAUGUUGGGGGUCCACAGUGAGAAUUAUGAGGAAGAGGACGAGCUCGGAAGUGAAGGUGAAGAUGCAGGAGUUCUCAAAGCGAGACCAGUGGGCGUUCGCAAUGACGAAGAAGCCGAGAAGCUACGACGCCAGGAUCUAGCAAUCGCGCAGAGCCUCAGUCUACGCGCAGAAGGGCACGAGAAAGUCGACACGUCCAUGCUUGAACAACCCCCUCUGAUCCAUCCGAUUGACGACGACGACAUCACUACACCAGCAAUUUCACCCAAGCUCAAACCCUCCAGGCAUCCCCAUACUUUACCGAAUGGCGUCCGCAUGCGCUUACCCCUCGGCACGAUCUUCUUCGGUGUAGAAAGAAUGAGUCAUCAGGCUGAGAAAGUGGGAGCGCCUUCUCUCCUGUCCUCCGACCCACGGCCCCUUGUCAUCUUCAACUCACCACGCCUCUAG